AUGAGUUUAAUCGAGUGUGAUGAAGAGAUUCUCAUUGAUAAAAUCUUUUCAAAUCAGGAACAAAUCUAUGACUUUUAUCAAACAUUACGGAAUGUAUCGAGUGAAUCUGUCGAACAAUUUCAGUCGAUUCUCGAAGUAUUUGUUUGUGACAUCGUGAAAUAUCGGAAAGAAGUCAGACGAUUAGAAGAUUCAUACAGACGGGAAAAGGAAAUGAAUGAAAAAUAUUUACGACGUAUUGAAGAAGAUCAAGAACGUGAAAUGCGACAACUGGAAGAAAAAGUUCGGAAAGAAGAGCAACACAAAUUUGAAGCGAUACGUGAAUCAAUCCAAGAACGUGCUAACAAACAGAUCUCCGAUUUACAAGCGAAUGUUCAACGUUUACAAUCAAUCGAGCAGUGUUAUCUUCAACGUCAGUCUAGUGAAGAUGCAUCACUUGUUUUACUCCGCGAAGAAAUUUCCAAACUAACACAAGAAAAUCAAACACUUAAUUCGUCAUUAAAUGAUUCAUUGACCAAUAUAACAAUCUUAAAAAGUGAUUUACAAUCUCUAAAAUCUCAAUUGAACGAGCGACAAACGAUGUUACUUCUGGAGAAACAAACAUCGUCGAAUGCAUAUCGAGAAAAGGAAUCUUUACAAACCAAUGUUCGUCAACUUGUUGAAGUUAAUAAGAAAUUACGUGACGAAAAUGACACGUUACGCGAAAUGGCUGAAUCGAAUAAAUCGAUCGCAACUUCUCCAUCCGACCUCGCUUUAAUAUCAAAACGUUCGUUAUCUCGUACGGGCUCAAUUCUUGAAGCAUACUGGAAUCAUCACAUACCAAAAAUAGAAUGUUCAUCACCGUCCUAUGCGCAAGUAAUCCAACAACCAUACAAUCCUUCAGCACUUGACUCACUUGAUCUCGAUUCAGCUGACGAAUUAGAUAGUGGUUUGUCAUUGACAACGGUACGCGAUGCAACAGAACUUGAAUCGGACCGUGAUUCAAAGUCAAUAUUCAGAAACGCGAAACAAUACCGGUCGAUGCCUAUCAAACGAAAUAACGAUAACACAGAUUCUGACGAUGCUUCUGAUCAAAAUUCAUUCGAUCGGACUAACCCAAAACGCUGGUCUCAACAACGAUCAUUAAAACGAACAGCAAGUAGUGGACGUUCGUCAUCAAUCAAGCAUUCGGGAAACAAAUCUUUACCACUUAACCUUACAACUCCACAAAAACAGAGUACAUCAACAGCAGCAGAUGCUCCACCAGAACAGAUCGCAUCAAAUCUUCCCUUCGAUCGCAUGUAUAAAGUUGUUUUUUGUGGUGACGCGGCUGUCGGCAAGAGCACAUUAAUAAUGCGUCUAUGUAAAGGCAAAUUUAUUUCGAAUAUUCACUCCACACUGGGUGUCGACUUUCAAAACAAACAAUUAGAAUUAGACUCGAAACGUAUUGCUAUACAAUUAUGGGAUACAGCUGGACAGGAAAGAUUUCGUAGUGUAGCGAAAUCAUAUUUUCGUCGAUGUGAUGGCGUCAUUCUUGUAUACGAUGCUACAUAUGAACGGUCGUUUUUAAACGUUCGAGAAUGGAUUGAUACAAUCAAUGAAUCGACAUCGAAAAAGGUUUCUGUUAUGAUUGUUGCGAAUAAAAUUGACUUAAGAGAUCAAAUGCGCGCAGAAGGAAAACGGGUCAUCGAACGCGAUGAUGGUGCCCGAUUAGCUAAAGAAUAUCAAGCGUUGUUUAUUGAAACCAGCGCGAAAGAUGGCACGAAUUCCAAUGAAACACUCAUCGAAUUAGCUCGAGAUAUGCAAUUUAAUGAAGAUAUAGAACGUUAUCCAAUUCCAGGCAUUGAUUUGAAUAAAACUACGAAGAAAUCCACCUGUUGCAAUCGAUCAUAA